GUCCCGGGAGGUGCCGUGGAGAUAUCCAAUGCCGCGGUUGUAAACGAUUGAUGGGCUUGGUGCAAGAAGCGAUUGCAUUUUUACUGCUUUAAUUGACCGAGCUCUGAUUAUUUGAAGUCCUCAGAGGGUACGCAGGACUUUGAGGAGGAGUAAGGGAUUACUGGCAUGUCAUUCAUGUGAAUUAAGUGUUGGCCGUCGACAGAAGUAAAACGAAACCUCUCACGGGCAGAGCAAUGUGUGUUCGCAGUGUUACAGAGGUGCGGUAUCAAAUCUCCAUCCUCUCGCUCUGCACUACCCACUAUUUCCUCUCCCUGAUAUUCGUUCCCAAGGCUUUCGUUGAUUCUUCUCCAUCAAUGGGAACACCGAUCCAAGACACGUAAGUCAGCGAAAGAAAGAUGAAGACGAAGUUUAAAGUCUAAUCGUUGAGCUUCAGUGGCAGGAUGGAAACCCUUGGAAGAUACAGUUACUUCAAGGAGUUUUGCAUCAUUCAAUAUUGAAGCUGCUCUGAGGGAUGUUUAACCUCAGUGAUUCCUCAUAAGUACGGCUUUUGAAUUAAAGCAUGAACAAGCAGUGUUGUACUUUUUAAGGACCAAAUUCUGAAUUUAAAUGUGAAAGCUUUAUUAAAUAAUGAACACUAAAAGCCAUAUCAAGGACAACAAUGCUUGCUUCUGUCAAAAGUGAUAAAAGUGUUCACCAAGUGGUUUUUACUCAUCUGUUUUGCAGUUUACAGUUGUGUUUCUUAUACCUGUUAAAACUUGAUUAUAAAUUGCAAUGAGGAGAAAACCACAAAGGAUUAAAAAAACUUUAAAUGUUUAUAAUCAAGAUCACUGUGUAGUGUUGCUGGGUGACCAUAUGCAUGUGGUGGUUCACCCAGAGAUGACUCAUUUCAGAUGAAAUUAAUCCUUAAAUAAUGAAAGCAAAUAACAUGUAUAUAUGUACUCAGGAAAAAAAAAAUCUGCACUCACUUUCUUGCAACUAAUUUAUCUACUUCUGUUUCUCUUGCUAUAGCACAUUCUUUUACAGGAAGAAGUUUGCUAUUUUCUUAACAUCAGCAUUGUCAUGAGAAUUGAGCUCUAUAUCUUGGGACACGUACCUCCCCAUCCCCUCAGGGCAAUGAACCUGUGAACAGAUUAACCCCUGAAAAGUCAGGCAGUCCUAAUCAAAACCUCCAGAACAAUGUAGUCUCACUGCAACUCUGGCAUGUUUACCAAUAGACAAAGCAAUAAUGACUUUCUCAUGGUUUCUGACUCCUUUAAUGACUGUUAUGUUCGUUUCUCAUACUUUCAGAUGCACAAUAUACCCAGUAUGCUCUGCAGGUUGUUGCAGGAUUGUGCUGUAAGCAUUGCCUUUCCAUUCAUAUGUCUGUCGCCUCAUUAGUUUUGAUUAAUUUCUAAGCUUGUCUUUCCAGACAUCAGUUUUUGGAAGUCUUGGAAUAAUAAAUUGUCAGGGCCACUCCUUGUUCAGUGAACACCUGGGUUUCUGUUGCCUUUCUCAACCUUCAGAUGUAAGAUGCUACUUAGAUUAAAACAAUUAUGUUUUUGGGGAAGGAAAAGGCAUGUCUACCCCCGCAGGUACUGGAGGGAUGGAGUUCUCUCCCCACCUUGCUUCUCCACACAGCAGUGUAACUGUGGUGUUGUGUUCUGCUAAAAUAGCUGCUAGACAGGAUCAGCUUGUACCUGAUUAGCAUGGAGCAUCAGAGCCCAGUGCAGGCCUCUCUGCACCUAUCCACAGACACAGGGACACAAUAAAUACUUCAUCUACCAACAAACGGGAGCUGGCAGGCUCUGCUGUGCCAGAGCACUGAAACUACCCAAACUGGGAGCCAAGAUAGCUUUCACAUCCAUCAUUUUCAUCUCAUGUAUCUUGGUUGGGAAUGCACCCCUGAGGCAAAAAAAACAAAUGCCCUGCUGUGUGUAAAAUGAAAGGCAAAGAAACUGGAUCUGUUUCAGAACAUUACCACACUUUUGGGUUUCCAUGUAUUUUAGAAUGGUUUUAUGUAAGAGUAUCAAAGAUUUCCAGAUCUCUUGGAAUAGUAAUGGAGCCCCUGCAUGUCCUCAAAGGCCCCCCUUGGGACACCUCCACAUAUUCCCUGUGGAGUUCAUCACUGCAUGUGCCAAAAGCUCACUGAAUCCUGAAUAUACCAAAUAUCCUACGUACACCUGGUACUGUCAAAGACAGUCAGAGUAGAAUCCUGGCCUUGUGGGGACAAUUUAAUUUAAUGUGUGCAGAAAGUCAGCUGACAAGUCAACAACUGACUAGUUCCAUGGGGCAUUUAUGCACAAGUAGCUGGUGCACAAUCAUUUUAAUGAAAACAACUGCAUGCCAUUCAAUAUACAAUGCACAUAUUAGCUUUCCUUGUUUGAAUCAAGUGAAGACUGUACUUCUAGGUCAAAAUGUCUUACAUUUCCUCUUCUCUGCAUAUUCAUUUUCAAUUAGGAAGCUAUUACUGUAUGUUUGGAUGACCACUGCCUUUUGAUGACAAAAUGUUUUAGUCUUCCUGACCUCUUCUCUUUUAUUCCCUACUAUAUUACUAGAGGCUGAGGUUAAUGAUAGUUUUUGUAUCUGAGAUUUAUAUAAUUCAAGCAUCUUUGCUUGAAGAUUGUGGAUUUUCAAACGGAUUUGUGAUUGGCAGGGUCUUCAUAAAAAUAAAUCAAACUCAGCAGUGAUUCCUCCCCCUUUAUUCUUUCAUUUCCUGCUUCCUGUUACUCACAGUUGUUGUCUUGUCCUUGCACUUUUCUUCCACUUUCUUUUAUUUUCUCAAAACGGGCUGUGCAACAGAAAAAUCUGGUCACAUGCAUGCCCAAGAGAUUAACUGACCUUUGUGCCUUUAAGCCUCCUGAGCUUGAGUUCAAGUCAGAACAGCAAAGACAGAACCGGCAGCAGAUUUAUCUUUCUGGAAAUAAGUAACAGGCUCUUCAAAGCCCCACGAGAGGUGUCUAUUGCCUUAUUUCUGAUCUAAUCUUACUCUAAGUUCUGAAUGUUUAUAAAUUGCUUGUAAAGAUGGAAGCCUGGAGUAAAAGUCAAAACCUAGUCUGUUUUCAGUUGUUUGAGGUCGGGUGCACCGUUGAUUCUCGAUUACAGGCCAAAGUCUGCUCCAGCAGAAGGCUUUGACUUCCCAGGAGCAGGGCUGACCCUGCCCAGCAGUGAAAGCACUCACCUGAAUGAGCCUGCCUUAAUCACAUGGUGGUCAAAGCAAACAAGAAAAUUAAUUCCUGACCAUCUGCAAGGAGAGGAGCCCCAGCCUUCUUUGCAAGUGCUACUUCUUCUUUAUGCACCUUAAAGCGCAAAAGGUGAAGCCAAAGGAGUGCAAUUGGUCUUUCACUUUUCCUGGAUUUCUGUUAUUUAGGGCAGCAAAUAAAAACAGGGCAUAGUCGUUCUUCCUAUACGCAGAAAUGGCUUCAAGAAGCCACUACGAACAGGAGUCGGGGAGAUGCAAACACUUCUUACCGAAUUUAUGUGCCAGGGUCGCCCUUUGCCGCUUCCCCCCGUGCCGUGCAGCCCACGGCAUUUAUCACUUCACCGCCCGGCGGGAGCGGCGAGAUUGAGCUGCCCGGGCUUCCCGACAGGAACCGGGCCGGGAAGGCAGAGAGAUCAGCGAGGCAAACCUGAUGAGGGGACCCAAGGAGGUAUGGGGAGCGGGUCGGUGGUCGGGGCUGGGCCGGGCUCUGAGAGCCGCCGGGGGCAGAACCGUGAGAGCAACUUCAGCCCAGCUAGAUGGACUUUCACGUUUGAACCGUCAGGGGCACCCGCGCUGCCCCAGCCCGGGGCGCGUUCCAGGCGGAAGCGGAAGGGCCGGGCAGCAGCGGCAGGAACGGCAGGAACGGCAGGAACGGCACGAACAGCGGCGGUAGCGGUCGGUAGCGGGGGCAAAAAUGCCUGCAACAUGCGACUUCGUUACACUCCACACUGGGCAGAAGAUGCCUCUCGUGGGACUGGGAACUUGGAAAAGUGACCGUGGCCAAGUGAAGGAGGCAGUGAAACACGCUCUCAGCGUGGGCUAUCGCCACAUCGACUGCGCAGCCGCCUACAGCAACGAGGCCGAGAUCGGGGAGGCCUUCCAGGAAUGUGUUGGGCCCAACAAGGUUAUUAAAAGGGAGGACCUGUUUGUAACAUCAAAGCUCUGGAAUACCAAGCACCACCCAGAAGAUGUAGAGCCAGCGCUGAGGAAAACACUUGGAGAUAUGAAACUGGAUUACCUGGACCUGUACCUCAUGCACUGGCCUCAUGCCUUUGAACGAGGGGACAAUCUCUUCCCAAAGAAUCCCGAUAACACGAUGCGUUAUGACUACAUUGAUUACAAGGAGACCUGGAAGGCUAUGGAGAAACUGGUGGAAAAAGGUCUUGUGAAAGCCAUUGGGCUGUCAAACUUCAACAGUCGUCAGAUCGAUGACGUACUAAGUGUGGCUACUGUGAAGCCAGCUGUGCUCCAGGUGGAAUGCCAUCCUUACCUAGCUCAGAAUGAGCUGAUUGCUCACUGCCAGAAACGAGGACUGGUGGUCACUGCCUACAGUCCCCUUGGCUCUCCAGAUCGCAUGUGGAAACACCCAGAUGAGCCUGUGCUGCUAGAGGAACCUGGGGUCAAAAAAAUUGCAGAAAAAUACAGCAAGUCACCUGCACAGAUCAUCCUCAGAUGGCAAGUGCAGCGUGAAGUGGUUGUCAUUCCCAAGAGUGUCACUCCUGCUCGCAUUCAGCAGAAUCUCCAGGUGUUUGACUUCAGCCUUGCAGAAGAGGAGAUGAGCCACAUUGGAAGUCUGAAUAAAAACUGGCGUUACAUCGUGCCAAUGAUUACGGUGGAUGGAAAGCUAGUAGCCAGAGAUGCUGGACACCCCCACUACCCCUUCAAUGACCCCUAUUAACUACUGGAAAAUAAGGUGUUGAAGUAAUGCUCCUGUGUGUGCCCUUCCACAAAGUAAUUGUUACCAUGAUUUGUCAAAAGCACCAUCCAAAUUUAAACCUUCCUUCCCAAGUAGGUUUUCCUACAAUGUGCUACUUCUAACCAACCUCCUGCCUGGAGAUCCUAAUAGCCUCAGUGCCAAAGUUUGUGGAGUUAUUACAAUGACUGCAAGCUGGCUCCUGGAGGCAUCAGAUCUUUUGGAGAUCAGAUAAAGAGUGAUGGAGUCUAAGUCAAGUUCCAAAAACAUUGUUAUCAGACUAGGGCAUUACUUUGGGUAAUUACUUUGGUCAAUACCAUGAAACGGUUUUGAAAACUUCAGUUACUGCCAUGAUGAGGGAAAAAAAAGAAGGCUGAAGGCAUGAAAGGUUUUUAGGACUAAAGAACUGUUCUGCCAUCAACUUUGAUAUCUUUAUUGAUAAUUUUUUUACGCAGGGAAAAAGGUGAAAUAUGCUACAUGUGCUAUGUCUAUAAACCAUUCAUUAAAACUCAAGUAAUCAGC